AUGCAGAGCGUACCAGAAGAGUGGAGGGAAGGUCGGGAUGACAGAGGAGGAGAUGGGCAGAUGUUAGUCAUGAAGAGAGGGGAUUCACAGGUGAAGGAUGGAGGGGCAGGAGCUGGAGAGGCAGAGAAGGAGUCUUACAUGAUGGAGCUGACGAGGCUGGUUCAGAAGGUGGUGAAGGAGAGCAGCUGGUGGGAGAGGAGGGGGGUCGAUUGCAGUAUCCUGGCAGCAGCGUUCCUCUGUCUCCCACCUGCCUUCUUGCUGCUGGGCUCCUCGAGGCUUCUGUGGUUUUUGGCGGGCAUGCUGCUGAUGGGCGUGGCUCACGCUGUCAUCACCGUCAAGGGGACACAUCUGGCCAGCCACGGGGCGCUGAGCGAGUCGCAGGCCUGGGGAAAGUUCUGGGCCGUCUUUUUCAUUGAGAUCUGCGGUUCAUUCUCAGCACGAGCCGGCAUUCAGGGCCACAUUAAGAUGCAUCAUGCUCACACUAAUGUCAUUGGACUGGGUGACUCCAGUGUGUGGAAGGUCCCCUUCCUGCCUCGCAUCAUCUACCUGUUCAUAGCCCCCCUGGCCGUGCCAAUCAUCACUCCGCUUGUUGCACUUGCUCAGAUCAAAGGACACUCUUUGGUCCACAUCCUCAGGACCGCCAUGAUGGUAGCGCUGGGCCUGUAUUCACAGUACUGGCUGCUCAUCAAUGUCUCCGAGUUCAGGUCGCCUUAUGGGGCCUUGGUCUGUAUGCUCGUGUGCAGGGCGAUGUUUUCCGUGCCGUACAUCCACGUCAACAUCUUCCAGCAUAUUGGCCUGCCCAUGUUUUCUUCAACUCGCCGACCGAAGAGGAUUUACCAGAUGACCCACGGAGUCCUGAACCUGCCGCGAAACCCUCUGCUGGACUGGAUGUUUGGACACUCGCUAAUUAACUGCCACGUGGAGCACCAUCUCUUCCCCUUUCUUUCAGACAACAUGUGUUUAAAGGUGAAGCCUGUUGUGUCCAAAUACCUGACUGAAAAGCAGCUUCCAUAUCAGGAGGACACCUACCUGUCUCGCCUGAAUCUGUUCUUUCACAAAUACCAGGAACUGAUGGUGUUUGCCCCGCCCAUCACAGAGCUGGUGGGGGUGCAAUGAUGGAGGGAGGGCGACAAGAAAGAACUGUUCGGACUAAUGACUGCUGCCGCUCAAAAGCACAAGCAUUUCUGCUGCAACCACCACAGUUUGAGCCUCUAACACACAGGAUAGAUUCUAAAUAGAUAUUUACUUUAAUAUUAGGAAAUUAACCCCACAACAUAAUGAUCAUAUCAACUGAAUGAAUAUCCUACACUUUUAGAGAUGAUUUAACACAAAGAAAAACAAAAUGCUGACCUGACUGUGGACACUGGAAGCUGGAUUAAAAGUGACAGAUUAAAUUUAGCUGUGGAACUGACCUGGGGCCUGCCUCAUGAAGCAUUUCCACCCUGUGAGCGUCAUGUGAGCGUCAUGUGAAGAAAUGGUUGAUUGCUGUCAGGGAAAGCUGAGAAAAACCAAGCUGCACUUAGGCUAUUUAACCAGAUGAGUGACACUGCAGAACAGACCAGAGGAAAACAGCAGCAUAAAAAGUGAUGAAAAUAGAAUCAGUUUAUAAUAAAACAACAAUAAAAAAAAGAGGGUCCUGAUCUGAUCUGUUAUCUGAUACUGUGUGUGCAACAGGAUGACAAACACCUCAUCUCUUAAUACUUAAGGUAGGACUCCAAAAAGUUGGCCAAUCAGAAGAAAGUGUACUUUUAGGUAGGGGUGUUUAAAGAGACAUGAGAUAAAAAGAGCCUUUUUCAAUCAGAGGAUGAACCGUGGGUUUAUUAAAGGGUUAGUAUAGGAUCAAUAAGGAUUAUAUUGAAUUGUGAGUCUGCAGUGCUGCUCCGGUGGAGCCCCACAGCAAAAUUUUGUGCUGGAAGCUGUUUUGCCUCUCAGUGCAUGUUAGAUUCCAUUGAGAGGCAACAGUCACAACAAACAGACGCCUUCAGGUGACUGUUCAGGUGUGAUUUGGCGCCAUAUAAAUAAAAAUGGAACUGAAUUGAGAAAGUUUGCUAAUUCAAUAGUCUGUUGGUUUGAAAACCUAAUUUAACAGUUGAGUGAAGUCUCAGCAGUACAUUCAUUUAAAUCAGGUUAUUUUUAGGUUCGAACACAGCCUGAAAACAACUCUUUAAAUCAAUGAAACUUCUGUUAAGGAAGAAACUGCUGAUUGCAGCCAACGUGCACAGGAUUUUCUGCAUCAAAACCCUGCUGGAGGAUGCACAUCUGUAAUAGGGCAUAGAGAGGAUGGUGGAUGGUCUGGGACUCAGAAGCCUGAGUGAAAAAUGAAGAUGAUAUAGUAUGAAGAGUAUAAAGCAUGAUGAUGUGUGAAGAGGUAAUCAAUCACAGUCAUGAGGCAGGCCUCUGAUUUCAUGCACUGACAGAUGACAGUUAUUUUGUUCUUGGUCAACUGAUUAUUUCUGGCUUUGUCCUCGUUUAAAAGGCACAUCUGUAACUACUGGACUGGAUGUAACCCAG